GAAUGACCAAACGUGUAAUUUAGCCCUUUACUUUGUUUGCUUUCCAAAUUCCAAACUCUAUUGUUCACCACCACCACACCAUCCUCAAUUCUCCUCUCUCAGCUUGUCUCUCCUAUCUGUUCCUUUCUCCCCGACUCUUUCCUCCGUCGAUCGCUUUCUCGGCUUCCCUCUCCUUUCUCUCUCUCUCUCGCCACCAUGAGUAAGGGACCGGAAAUCUUCUCCAAUAUCGGAAAGAAGGCCAGAGAUCUCUUGACGGCGGGAUACAGCUCCGAUCAGAAAUUCACCGUCUCCACGUACAGUGGCCCCGCCGGAAUUGCUCUCACUUCAACAGCUGUUAACAAGGGUGGACUGUCCACGAGUGAUAUUGGUGCCGUUUACAAGUACAAGAGCCACAUAUUUGAUGUGAAAAUUGAUACACUAUCUAAUAUUGCAACCAACCUCACGUUCAGUGACGUCCUUCCAUCAACAAAGGCAGUUGUUUCAUUUAAGUUGCCUGAUUAUAACUCUGGCAAGUUGGAGGUUCAAUAUUUCCAUCACCACGCAACCUUUACCUCUACUGUUGCCCUGCACCAACAGUCUCCAGUAGUCGAUGCUUCAGUCACUGUUGGUACCCCAGCCAUUGCCUUCGGCGCUGAAACGGGAUACAAUACUACUUCUGGUAGUUUCACCAAGUACACUGCUGGGAUUAGCAUAACAAAGCCAGAUGCCUAUGCUUCAGUUAUUUUGGGUGACAAGGGUGACACCAUCACUGCUUCAUAUGCUCAUUUUCUGGACGAGUCGAAGAGAAGUGCAGCUGUGGGGGAGAUCAUGAGAAGGUUUUCAACCAAUGAGAAUACUUUUACGGUUGGUGGCUCACAUGCCAUUGACCAUUUGACACUAAUAAAGGGAAAGCUGAACAACCAUGGGAAACUUGCAGCUCUUCUGCAGCAUGAAGUGAUACCAAAGUCACUGAUGACCAUCUCUGGGGAAAUCGACACCAAGGCCUUGGACAAACAUCCCAAGCUCGGCAUAGCACUUGCUCUCAAGCCUUGAUCAAUCUCUUCAGUGACGAAAAGUUGUUUCAAAAUUCGUUUGCACAUUCUUCCAAAAACUUUAUUUUGGUUAUCAUCUCUUUUCCAGUCUCAUGGAUGGGCACUUGAAGGAAAUGUGAAUAAGCAGUUCCACAGGUUUUGCUAGGAUUAGGAGUUGCUGUGGAGUGUGGAUGGACACUAUUGAUGCACCGGGUCUGUUCGCCGAUUGAGACUAUUGUCCAUGUUCCAUCUUUCAUAGGUGCUGAUCAUUUUGGGUUAAAUGACACAUUUGGUCAUUCUGAGUUAUUCGUUUGUUUCGCGUUUGUUUGUUUGUUUGUUUCAUUGGAUCAGUGGUUACUCACGUUGUUCCCUUAUUUCAUUGUUAGUCCCAAAUUCGUUAACGGUGUGUGUUUGGAUAUGAUAUUGGAUAUGAUAGAAGAAUUUGGAUUUGGUAUUUGUGAUUUGUGAUUUGGAUUUAUAAAUGUCAAAUUAUUUGUUUGGGUCAAGGUUGCCAACCCGCACUCGCAGGUCGACCCAUUUUGACCCUGGUUUGGUGAG